GCAGUAGCCCCGCUGAAUUAAGACCACAAUCCUUUUCGGAAAUCAGUCUAAAACGAACUCUUCACAAUAAACAUGAAAUUAAAAGCAUGAUGUACCAGUGACUCAGAAGGAAUGUGAGCGCUUCUCCAGGAACUGCCAAGUCCCCGUGGACGAACCGUGUCUGGAUGAUCAUUCCAGAUUUCCUCCGAGUAAGUGAACCUCUAACCCUGUGGUGUUGCCUAUGGAAAUAUCACCUACGACUUCCAACGGGAAAUGCCAAACAUUUGGAUGGAAACUAUUAAGUGCACAUUUGGGGCUUCCGAUAACAACUGUGCAAACUGAAGUCUGUGGAUAAACGCGUCAGAAUGAGCAAGAGGCACAUCAGCGUGGGUCAGCAAACAUGGGCCCUUCUCUGCAAGAAUUUUCUUAAAAAAUGGAGGAUGAAGAGAGAAACCUUCUUGGAAUGGUUUUUCUCAUUUCUCCUGGUGUUAUUUGCAUACCUGUUUUCUUCCACUAUACAUUACACUGAUAACUUUCCUCAAGUGCCUGCAAUAUAUCUGGGGCGUGUAGAUCAUUUUAAUGAUUCGAAUUACGUUAUUGCAUUUGCACCCGAAUCCAAAACUACCCAGGAGAUCAUGAGCAAAGUAGCAUCAGCCCCAUUUAUGAAAGGAAGGACAAUCACGGGGUGGCCUAAUGAGGAAAGCAUGAAUGCAUUGAAUUUAAACUAUUUUAUAGAUGCAGUGAAAGUCAUCUUUAAGGAUAACUUCUCAUAUCAUUUAAAGUUUAUCUGGGGAGGUAGAAUCCCCAAGAUAAAGGAAUACAGAGACCAUUCAGCUCAUUGUCAAACAACAAAUGAAAAAGUCACCUGUGAAGGUUCACUGUUCUGGAAAAAAGGCUUUAUAGCUUUUCAAGCUGCCAUUAAUGCCGCUAUCAUAGAAAUCACAACAAAUCACUCGGUGAUGGAAGAGCUCAUGUCAGUCACUGGUUUAAAUAUGAAGAUAUUACCCUUUCUUGCCCAAGCAGGGGUUGGGACUGAUAUUUUCAUUUUCUUCUGCAUUAUUUCUUUUUCUACAUUCAUCUACUAUGUAUCAGUCAAUGUUGCCAAAGAAAGACAAUACAUUAAGUCAUUGAUGACCAUGAUGGGACUUCGAGAGUUAGCAUUCUGGCUCUCCUGGAGUGUGAUGUACGCUGGCUUCAUCUUUAUUAUGGCAAUUCUGAUGGCUCUUGUUGUAAAAUCUACCCGUGUUGUCGUCCUCACUAGCUUUGUGGUGGUCUUCAUGCUCAUUCUCCUCUAUGGCUUGUCUUUGAUAACUUUAGCUUUCAUGAUGAGCGUCCUGAUAAAGAAACCAUUCCUUACCAGCUUUGUCGUCUUUCUGCUCACGGUCGUUUGGGGGAGCCUGGGUUUCACUGCGUUGUAUAGGCAUCUCCCUGCCUUUUUGGAAUGGGCCUUGUGUCUUCUUAGCCCUUUUGCCUUCACUGUCGGGAUGUCCCAGCUUAUACAUUUGGACUAUGAUGUGAAUGCUAACACCCAUUUGGACUCUUCAAGCAACCCAAACCUAAUAAUAGCUACUUGUUUCAUGUUGGUUUUUGAUACUUUUCUCUAUUUGGCAUUAACAUUAUAUUUUGACAAAGUUUUGCCCACUGAACAUGGACGUCGACAUUCCCCCUGGUUUUUCCUGAAACCCUCUUUUUGGUUUCAACACCAAAGAGCUGACCACGUGGCCCUUGAGAAUGAAAUAGAUUCAGAUUCUUCAUCUAAUGACUCUUUUGAACCAGUGUCUCCAGAAUUCCAUGGGAAAGAAGCCAUCAGAAUAAAAAAUCUUAAAAAGGAAUAUAAAAAAGGGAAGCAUGAAAAAAUAGAAGCUUUGAAAGGUCUGGUAUUUGACAUAUAUGAAGGCCAGAUCACUGCGAUCCUUGGUCACAGUGGAGCUGGGAAAACGACCCUGUUAAACAUACUCAGUGGAUUGUCGGACCCAACAUCAGGUUCGGUCACCAUCUACAACCACUCACUUUCAGAAACGGCUGACUUGGAGACUGUCAGCAUGCUCACUGGAGUCUGCCCGCAAUCCAAUGUGCAAUUCGGCUUCCUGACAGUGAGGGAAAACCUCAGGCUCUUUGCCAAAAUAAAAGGGAUCCAGCCACAGGAAGUGGAACAAGAGGUACAACAAGUGUUACAGGACUUGGAAAUGGAAAAUAUUCAAGACAUUCUUGCUCAAAAUUUAAGCGGAGGACAAAAAAGGAAACUAACUUUUGGAAUUGCCAUUUUAGGAGAUCCUCAGAUUUUGCUUCUGGACGAACCAACUGCUGGAUCAGAUCCUCUCUCAAGGCACCGUGUGUGGAACCUUCUUAAAGAGAGGAAAUCAAACAGAGUCAUCCUCUUCAGCACCCAGUUCAUGGAUGAGGCUGACAUCCUGGCUGACCGAAAGGUGUUUAUAUCUAAUGGGAAGCUGAAGUGUGCAGGCUCGUCUCUAUUCCUGAAGAAGAAAUGGGGCAUCGGCUACCAUUUAAGUUUGCAUUUGAAUGAAAUGUGUGAUCCAGACAAUAUAACAUCGCUUGUUAAACAGCACAUCCCUGAUGCCAAAUUAACAGCACAAAGUGAAGAAAAGCUUGUAUAUAUUUUGCCUUUGGAAAGGACAAACAAAUUCCCAGACCUUUAUAGGGAUCUUGAUAGAUGGUCUCAUCAAGGCAUUGAGAAUUACGGUGUUUCCAUGACAACUUUGAAUGAGGUGUUCUUGAAGCUAGAAGGAAAAUCAGCUAUUGAUGAGUCAGAUAUUGGAAUUUGGACACAGUUACAAAGUGAUAGGACAAAAGACACAGGAGGCCUUGUUGAGCUGGAACAAGUUUUGUCUUCCUUUAAUGAGACAGAGGAAACAGCCAGCGGCAUGGCUCUCUGGAGGCAGCAGACCUGUGCAAUAGCGAAAGUUCGCUUCCUGAAGUUAAAGAAUGAAAAAAAAACUCUGAUGACCAUAUUACUGCUUUUGUGCAUUAGCCUUUUCCCUCAGCUUUUGGAAUAUCUAUUUUAUGAGAUAUAUCGGAAGAGUUAUUCUUGGGGACUGUCUCCCAAUAUGUACUUCCUCUCACCGGGACAACCGCCUCAAGCUCCUCUGACACACUUACUGGUCAUCAAUAAAACAGGGUCGAGCAUUGAAAACUUUAUACAUUCACUGAGGCAGCAGAACAUAGCUUUGGAAGUGGAUGCGUUUGGAAUUCGACAUGGUGCCAACGAGCCAUCAUACAACGGUGCUAUCACGGUGUUAGGUGAUGACAAACACCAGAGAUUUUCAAUAGCAUGCAAUACCAAAAGGCUGAAUUGCUUCCCUGUCCUCAUGGACAUCAUUAGCAAUGGGCUACUUGGAGUUUUUAAUUCUUCAGAACACAUCCAAACAGACAGAAGCACGUAUCUUGAAGAGUCCAUGUCUGAGGAGUAUGUGUCCAUGAGCAAUCCCUUCCUCUGGAUACCUGGGGCGGCCUGUUUUACUCCGUUCAUUGCCAUGAGCAGCAUCGGUGACUAUAAAAAAAAAGCUCACUCCCAGCUCCGGAUCUCAGGCCUCCACCCUUCCGCUUACUGGUUUGGGCAGGCGUUGGUGGACGUCCCACUGUACUUCUUGAUCCUUCUUGUGAUGCAAAUAAUGGAUUACAUUUUUAACCCAGAUGAAAUGAUAAUUAUAAUCCAGAAUUUGUUAAUUCAGAUCUUGUGUAGUAUUGGAUAUGUCACAUCUCUUAUUUUCUUGACAUAUGUGAUUUCAUUCAUUUUUCGCAAUGGGAGGAAAAAUAGUGGCCUUUGGUCAUUUUUCUCCUUAAUUGUCACCAUCUUCUCGAUAGUUUCUAUUGAAAUGACUAAUUAUGGAUUUCUAGGGCUGUUAAUCUGCACCAUAUUGAUCCCGCCUUUCACACUGAUUGGCUCUCUAUUAAUUUUCUCGGAGGGUUCUCCUGACUUGGUGGAAUAUUUAGGAACUUCAGAGGAGUAUCUGCUAUAUCUGGCAUUGCUGAUACCUUACCUUCAAUCUUUCAUUUUCCUUUUCAUUCUACGGUGUCUGGAAAUGAACUUUAGGAAGAAAUUGAUGAGAAAGGAUCCUAUAUUCAGAAUUUCACCAAGAAGCAGUAAGUUUUUUCCAAACCCAGAGGAACCGGAAGGGGAGGAUGAAGACGUUCAGAUGGAAAGAAUGAGAACAGCGAAUGCUGUGAAGAUCCCGGACUCUGAUGAGAAACCAGUCAUCAUUGCCAGUUGUCUCCGGAAGGAAUAUGUAGGCAAAAAGAAAAACUGCUUUGACAAGAAGAAAAAGAAGAAAGUUGCUACAAGAAAUGUCUCUUUCUGUGUUAAAAAAGGUGAAGUUAUAGGUCUGUUAGGACACAAUGGAGCUGGUAAAAGUACAACUAUUAAGAUGAUAACUGGAGACUCAACACCAACCGCAGGAGAGGUGAUUUUGAAAAGGAACAGCGGAGGAGACGCCCUCAAGUUCCUGGGGUACUGCCCUCAGGAGAAUGCGCUGUGGCCCAACCUGACAGUGAGGGAGCACCUGGACGUGUUUGCAGCUGUGAAAGGGCUGAGGAAAGUGGAUGCCGCAGUCGCCAUCACACGGUUGGUGGAGGCGCUCAAGCUGCAGGAGGAGCAGAAGCGCCCCGUGAAGGCCUUGUCAGAGGGAAUCAAGAGAAAGCUGUGCUUCGCGCUGAGCAUCCUGGGAAACCCAUCGGUGGUGCUGUUGGACGAGCCGUCCACGGGCAUGGACCCCGCGGGGCAGCAGCAGAUGUGGCAGGCAAUCCGGGCCACCUUUGGAAACACAGAGAAGGGUGCCCUCCUGACCACUCAUUACAUGGCGGAGGCGGAGGCCGUGUGUGACCGUGUGGCCAUCAUGGUGUCCGGGAGGCUGAGAUGUAUCGGUUCCAUCCAGCACCUGAAGAGCAGAUUUGGCAAGGAUUACCUGCUGGAGAUGAAGGUGAAGACCCUCGCCCACACGGAGCCCCUGCACAGCGAAAUCCUGAGGCUUUUCCCCCAGGCUGCUCGGCAGGAAAGGUACUCCUCCCUGAUGGUCUAUAAGUUGCCUGUUGAGGAUGUGAGACCUUUAUCGCAGGCUUUCUUCAAAUUAGAGAUCGGAUCCAAAAUACAUGACUUCCUAAUGCCCAUCCAUCCAUCUUGUGCAGUUAAACAGAGCUUCGACCUGGAGGAGUAUAGCCUGUCACAGUCCACCCUGGAGCAGGUCUUCCUGGAGCUCUCCAAGGAGCAGGAGCUGGAGGACUUUGAUGAGGAAGUUGAUCUCUCUGUGAGGUGGAAGCUCCUCCAGCAGGAAGAGCCCUAAAGCCCCAAAUACUCUGUAUUGCCCUUUAGGCCUGUGACUCUUCUUAAGUUAACAUUUUAUAGCAUAAUGAUACCUUUUCUCAGACACAGACAAGGUCCUUUGGAAAUGAAUGUUAUGAUUUUUUUCUCAGUAAUAUCACUUACGGUGGGACGAAAGAAGCCAGGCCAUGCAGCCUCUGGACUAGCAGCCAAAUUCCUUAUUUCAUGCAAUAGCAAACGCAAAGAAUACAUUUAUUACAUUAUUGUUUAUGUUUAUGAGAAUGGUGCAGGGAUUGCUUAAUUUUUUUCUCUAAACUUUAAAAUAUGGGAUUUUUUAAAUCUUUUUUAUUACAACACGAAUUAAGAUGAUGCUGAUUAUAGGGGAAAGGGAGUCAGUUGACUACAUGGCAGUACAGUCUUUGCUUUUUGUAAUUCACUUUUAUUCUCUUUUUUUACUUAAUUCACUGAUUUUCCUUUCCUGGAAUUUUUAGAAUUUUAGAUUUUAGAGUCUGUGUUUUGCCUAUUGUAACUAUUAAGGAAAUUUGAAACCCAUUAAGAUAAAUAAUUGCAGUAAGACACUGAGUAAUCAGGUUGAUGAAAAAAUACAUACAUUUACAUAAAAUUUUGAAACAUAUUCCUGAUUUUAUGUUGGCUUAUGAUGCUAGGGUCCAUCCACCCUGAUGCAAAGCACUAGAACUUGAAAGAUCUUAAUUUCCCAUGUCUGUACAUGUUGUGAUUUAUUCAACUGGUAAUUCUAUAAACACCUUAAAAUCAACACAAUAUACUUGUACACUCAUACUUAGAUGAGUUUUUAUUGUUGUUGUUCUUGCUACUUUCAUUGUUGCAUAAGUCACUGAAUUUAUGGUAAUUUGUUAUGCAGCAAUUAAAGUCUGAUUUAGAUAUAUAAAAUAAAGUCAUAUUUAGAGAAGUUGACCUUCCCAAAGUCAUAGGUCUCAGGACCCAGAAUUCAAACCCAGGAGUCUUCUGAUGACACCUACUUUAAGAUAUCACCAAGCAGUUGUUAAACAUAUGAUUGAGGUUGCAAUGAAGGUAUAAAGAACAUUCCUUCAACUUGAAGUUUUGGUUACCUUUCAGGAAGAGAAUCUGAAGAACACAAUAGACACUGUAUAAUCAGCUUCUAAUUGUUAUGGUAUCAACUAGAACAGUGAUGGCGAGCCUAUGACACACGUGUCAAAGGUGACACGCGAACUCAUUUUUUUGGUUGAUUUUUCUUUGUUAAAUGGCAUUUGAAUAUGUAUAAUAAAUAUCAAAAAUAUAA